UCUCCGUCGACUUUAUCUUUGUCUCUAUCACCUUUAUCCAACUCCCAAUCACCUUUAUCCUUCUCCCCAUCACCGUUAUCCUUAUCUCUAUCACCUUUAUCCAACACCCCAUCACCUUUAUCCUUCUCCCCAUCACCUUUAUCCUUAUCUCUAUCACCUUUAUCCCUCUCCCCAUCACCUUUAUCCCUCUCCCCAUCACCUUUAUCCAACUCCCCAUCACCUUUAUCCUUCUCCCCAUCACCUUUAUCCCUCUCCCCAUCACCUUUAUCCCUCUCCCCAUCACCUUUAUCCUUAUCUCUAUCACCUUUAUCCCUCUCCCCAUCACCUUUAUCCCUCUCCCCAUCACCUUUAUCCAACUCCCCAUCACCUUUAUCCUUCUCCCCAUCACCUUUAUCCUUAUCUCUAUCACCUUUAUCCUUAUCUCUAUCACAUUUAUCCCUCUCCCCAUCACCUUUAUCCUUCUCCCCAUCACCUUUAUCCUUAUCUCUAUCACCUUUAUCCUUAUCUCUAUCACCUUUAUCCAACUCCCCAUCACCUUUAUCCUUCUCCCCAUCACCUUUAUCCUUAUCUCUAUCACCUUUAUCCUUAUCUCUAUCACAUUUAUCCAACUCCCCAUCACCUUUAUCCAACUCCCCAUCACCU